AUGCACGUGAACAACUUAUGCUCAAAAUCAAAAAUCACCCCAGAAAGUCUCCUUAUUUAUCGCAAACGUCUGCGAGCUUUCGGUCUGCCAGAUGUAAUUGGGGAAUCUCUGCAUCUUGAGCCUCUACUACCAAAUCCGGAGGAGGACAGAGAGACACGUCGAAAUCUCCAUUACGACGAUCUGGCCGAAGGCGGUUUACAUCAAGCAGUCUUAGACGCAGACAGUGGACUCUGGAUUCCGGUCAGCUCAGAAGAAAAGUUACGAAAUUUCUUCGACCCCAAAUCCGACGGGUCAUUUACUGAUGAACUUGACGACAUUAAGAUGGAGGUCGAUGAAAAGGAAAGGGUGGAAGAUCUGUCGUCCCCGCCCUCUCCUCACAUAGCAUUGACAACAGAAAUCCCACAGUCUUCGAUGGUUGAGACUAUAUCGUCGAAUACUCGUCGGGCAUCCAAUAUUGUGCUAAAAAAGCCGUUGACAGUAGUUACACCGGCUACCGUUGUCACAAAGCGAUCCUCCCUAUCGCCGAAUUUGCCUUCAACGCCUUUCAGUGUGGCUGAGGACUCAGAAGACUUCCACAGUCCUAUUAGCUUCCGACCCCCGCCGAAACGUUCGUUAUCCAUCAAGACGGAACAUCACACUCCCUUGCGUGCUCCAGUCAGGUCGAGGAAUCGCGUUCGUCAGAGCGCUGACGUAUCUCCUGUGCCCUCUCCAUCUUUGGGGUCCCAAUUGGCACCGCGUCGCCGUUGGCGACGAGGUCUGUUGUCGGCACUGACGACGGUGUGCUCUCAUCGCCACGCCCACAUCUUUUUGCACCCUGUCACGGACGAGAUCGCCCCGGGCUACUCAAGCAUGAUAUACGCUCCAGUGGACCUGACCAUGCUGCGCCGACGUGUCGAGGCGAGUCUGGCGCCCCUCACUGUCGCUGCGGCAGUAGGAUCCUCGUCGGGCGGCGGCGGUAGUACUACCACGGCAGAGAGUACCCCCGCAGCCCAGCAGGUGGUUGCAUGCAUAGCCAAACAGCUGCUGCGGGACCUUCUCUUAAUGUUCGCCAACGCGCGCAUGUACAACAAUCGCGAGCACAGCGUCCACCGCAUAGCCGGAGAGAUGUGCUCUGAUGUGCUGGCUGAGUUGCGUCCGCUGUGGGCUCUGUGGGCCGAUGUCAUCCCGGGUUUGCCGCCGUUGCCGGGCAGUCCAACGGCACCGAGCGGCGUCUCCCCGAUACUCCGACGCCGCACCGCCGUGGCUCCACUCCCCUCUCCUAUAACCACACCUAACCGUGCUAGCCCAUCUUCCACCCCACCUGCUUUCCAGCAAUAG